AUGGACGAGUUGUCGUCAAAGUGGGCGGCCAUCUGCUCGAGGGCGUCGGGCGUCGGCGGCGUCAAAGUCGUCGAGCCCGGGGGCCGUCUUGUCGGGGACGGCGACGGGGCGGGCGCGCGGCGCGUCGUGCUGGUCGGGGUUGCCCUGGAGCUGCAUGAGGCCCGAGUUGGCGGCGAGCUUGGCCUCGGCGCCGGGCACGUAGCCGUCCUCGCCGGGCUGGGGGAUGUGGAACCAGCCGCUGAUGGCCAUGCGGACGCGGCCGCCCUGGCGCGCGAGCUCGGCGGGCGAGGCGGCGUCGUAGACCUCCUCGACGUCGUGGAAGGACUCGCCCGGCUGGACGGCGAAGAAGGACAGCUGGUUCCAGGCGGGCGGGAUGACCUUUGUGCAGUUGGCAGCGGGCGUCUUGGCGACCUCGCCGCCGGCGCCCUCCUUCUCGUCGACGGUGUAGAGGCGCAGGGCGCCGCCCCACUCGGGCUUCCAGGGCACGUCGGGGUCGGUGAGAUAGAGGAUGUAGCUGACCUUGCGGGAGCCGAUGACGUCGUCGUGGCAGAGCAGGUAGCAGCCGGGCGUGUAGACGUUGAUGGCCAUGUCGGUCUUGCGGCCGCUCAGGGUGCCCGCAGCCGGUGA